GAUCCCGCGCCAGACACGAUAGUACCUCUUCGUACCUCAUCACCUACCAUUCGGUUUGGGAACAUACUUGAACAACGCAAACAUGUCUGACAACGAGCUUGACGCGGAGCUGCUCGGCAUGGUGGGCGGAGAGUCUGACGACGAGGGCGAAGGAGAAGUCAACCAGACGCAGGCGUACGACGAGCGCUCGCCCAGCCAGGAAGCCAAGCAGAGCGUGGAGAAGGUCGAAGAUGCGAACAAGCGCACCAAGGGCAUAGCGCAGAAGGUCAAGGGCCGUAGAAAGCGGGCUCGAAAGCAGGAGAGUGAGGAAGAAGACGACCUUGGCUCACCCUCUCCGGCAGCCUCACUCGCCUCUCAAGCCAUGGACGAAUCGGACGGCGAAAUGGACGCCCCGAGCUCGCAAGUCGACGAUGAUGCGCCGCUCUUCCCACUCGAGGGAAAGUACCUCUCCGCCCAGGACAAGUCCGACAUCCUGGCCAUGACCGAAGUCGAACGCGAAGAAGUUCUAGCGGACCGCGCCCAGCAGCUCGUUAAGCGCCAACAAGACCUGCAACUCAAGAAAGCACUCGCAGCAACUAAGGCCGCAGCCAGCAAGCACAGGAAGCGAUCAGCAGCCACCGCCGAGCUCGAAGACGGUGGCCGCAGAACCCGACCCAAGGCCGAGAAGACCAAGACUGCACUUGACGACUACAAGCGAGCCCGCGAACUUAAGGGCACAGAGCGUGGCAGACUUGAAGCGGAGCGCAGCAGCAGACGUGAUGAGCGGCGUUCGCCUUCGGGAGCUUCGGAGCGCGAUGCUGAGGGCGAGGAGGAAGAAGUCGAGUUCGCUGAGCCUUAUGACAGUCGUCGUCGCGACGAGCCACUGGCCGAAAAGAAGGACUUCGACCGGUGCCGCAUCGGUCGUACCGCUUUCGCCAAGGUGUGCUUUUAUCCAGGCUUCGAGGAUGCCGUCAAGGGAUGCUAUGCGCGUGUCAGCAUUGGCUUGGACAGGCAUACCGGUCAGAACACGUACCGCAUGACGCAGAUCAAAGGCUUUACGGAAGGCAAACCCUACCAAAUGGAAGCCCCCAACGGCAAGCACUUCAACACCGACGUCUACGCAGUUGUCGCCCAUGGCGCCGCGGAGAAACCUUGGCCGUUCUCCGCCUGCAGCGACAGCCACUUCACCGACCAGGAAUACGACCGCUACAUUGACACCCUCAAGAAGGACAACAUCCGCACUCCACUGAAGAAGCACCUCAGUGCCCGCCUUGACGCCAUUCACGGUCUGCUGAACAUGGAUUGGACGGACGAGCGCAUUACGCAGAAACUCGCAAACCAGCGCGCCAUGGAGAAGAAGCUUGAUCCUGCCAACGCCGCCGUCAUCAAACUCGAGAAGAUCAAGCAGCGGAGACUCAAAGCUGAGCAAGAUGGCGAUUCGGAGGAAGUUGCACGUUGCGAUGCCGAGGUCGCCGCGCUGGAGAACGCGACGCAGAGUAUGACCAACGGGCACGGCAACGCCAACGGCACCGUCAAGCCCAGCCCGAAGAAGAACAAUGCGCCGAUGUCGCAACAGGAUCGCCUCGCGCAGAUCAAUAUGAAGAACCGCAGCAAGACGACUGAGGAAGUGCGCAAGGCGCUUAUCGAAGAGCGGCGGAAGUUGCAGGCUGCGCGCGAGAAGGCUGCGGCCGAGGCGAAGGAAGCCAAGGCGAAGAAGGAGGCAGAGGAGAAGGCUAAGCUGCUUCUUGCUGUCCCCAAAGGCGAGAUGGACGAUCUGUUCGGCAGCGAUGUUUCGAGGGCGGCCAGUCCGGCGCCGAGUCGACGUAGUCGUACGGGAACGCCGGUGAAUGGGGGUGUGAAGAGGGAGAAGAGUGGUGGUGGUUUGUUGGGGGCGAUUCGGAAGAAGGCGUUGGACGAUGAGGUUAUUGGGAGUAUGGAUCUGGGGAUUGAUAUUGAGAUCUGAGGGUCGUGAUCGCGGAAGUGGGCUUGCCGAGGGCAGGGGGGAAGGCGGACAGGAUGAUGAACGAUGAGUUUGACCUGCUUUGGAGGACAGGACUGGGUAUGGAGAAUGGGCCUUUCAUUAGUAUACGCUCGCCUAGUGCUGACUCGGCUGGGUUGCUUGGCCUUGAUGUUGUUGUGGCAUUCACUAUACCUUGCAGCGUCUACAGCG